AUGAUUCCGUUCGUCAGACCAUGUAUCCUGGCAAGUCAUACGACGCUAGUGACGACAAGCUUAGAGAUUGGUACCGUCUCUUCCUGGUGCCCCGGAGCUGCUCACCGUGUCAGCAACAGUGCUCAGCCCAACGGACCCUUCCCGCAGGCUAAUUUACAGGUUAUGACUCGCUACGUGGAGCAGGGUAUUAUACCCCAUACUUUGAACACUACAGUUCUCCAAGGUGAUAACAAGGGCAUCAAUGACCAGUUACGGGCCUGGCCUCUUCGUCCGUACUGGAAGGGUAGCGGAAAGUCCUUGGCUUGCGAGUAG